AUGACGAACUACGUCCAGAUCGCGGCGACGCCGACGGCGGAUACGGGCUCGGCCCUGAUGCUGCACUUUGACCAGCGCCGCUACCUCUUUGGCAACAUUGCGGAGGGAACACAGCGAGCGUUGAGCCAACGUAAAGUGAGUUUGGGCAAGUUGGAGGUCAUGUUCAUAUCGGGCGCGACCAUUCAGCAGAACACUGGCGGUAUGAUUGGCAUGAUGCUUACGGUUGCGGAUGUUCUCGACGGUAGCAGGAGAGAGGUGCACGAGAGGAACCAGGCGAGAAAGGGCACGGGAAAGAAAUUGAUCGCGCCCAAGGGUCCCGACCGAAUUGAGAUCCACGGUGCCCAGAACCUCGCAUACUCCGUCGCAACAGCGAGAGGGUUCGUGUUCAGGAAGGGACUUCCGAUUCGCGCCGUUGAGCUGUAUGAGGAUCCGAGAAUCGCCGACCCCGACGCCACCAUUCCUGACUGGCAGGACGAGCUCAUUCAAGUCUGGAAGGUUCCCAUCGCUUCCGAUCAUGUCAACAAGUCCCGUAAGAGAAGCCACGAGGUCAUGACGGCGGAAGAUGAAGGCCUAUCGAACCCGGCUGGCGCUGUUUCCGCAGAGGAGCAGGCUCUCAUUGAUCGGGAAGCGAUCCAGGGUAUCGUCGAGAGCAUGUUCAACUCCAGCUGGACCAUGGACAAGUUGUACGAGACGAAGCUUUCCCAGGUCAACCUCCCCGCCACCAUCUUUGUUAGAGAGGACGGCAACAUCAAGAAGUACGAAGGCCCCAUGCCAGGCGGCGACGAACCAGUGCCCGACCUUGACGUACUUGUACGCUACCCUUGGCCGGCGGCCACGGUUGACAAAUUGCCCGCCGCCUCCAUCUCGAACAAUGCCGUGACCUAUAUCGUCAAGAACAAGGGUCGAAGAGGCAAGUUCAACGCGGCUGCCGCAAGGGAGCUGGGUGUAAAGCCCACUGACAACAAAAAACUCACCGACGGCGUAUCUGUCGAGGGCAAGGAUGGCAUUACAGUGACUCCCGAGAUGGUCCUCGAGGCGCCGAUCAAGCCUCAGGGCUUUACAGUCAUCGAUAUCGCAGACGCAUCCUACAUCGACUCGUUCCUCGGUAGAUCAGAAUGGCAAAACGCCAACUUGAUGGAUGGCGUACGAGUCUUCAACUGGAUUCUUGGGCCGACCGUCAUCGACGAUCCGAGAAUCCAAAAGUUCAUGAAGGAACGACCGGACGUCAAGCAUCUCGUCAUGUCUACCGACACUAGUCCUAACAUGCUGGCGUUGGAAUCGUACGCCAUCCUCCACGGCUACUUGAGACAGAUCGACCCUGAUCGCUUCCCGGAACUUGCCUACAACAACAAGGUCCGGGACCUUUCGUAUAUCGGCCCCAACGUGGAGACUGCUCGCGUCGGCAUGAAGGCGAAGCUGUCACCUGUUUACGAGCUCGUCGAGGAUGAGAUCGUGCCCCCGAUCUUCAAAUUCAAGGGCCACAGUAUGGACCAGGGUGUUAUAAAGCUUGCCAAGGAAGCCGCGGACAAGAUCAAGGAGCCUGCGUUCCUCAAGGAGAUUGAGGAGAUUGAGCACGAUAUCCCUAAUCGCGACACAGAAAUCAUCCCUCUCGGCACUGGAUCUGCUGUACCAUCAAAGUACCGCAACGUCUCGGCGACUCUGGUCCGGAUACCGCAGUACGGCAACUACCUCUUUGACUGCGGCGAAAACACCCUCGGCCAGCUUCAACGAACAUUCGGGGCCAAAGAAACAAACAAAAUCCUCCAGGAGACCCGCUGCAUCUUCAUCAGCCACAUGCACGCCGACCACCACCUCGGAACCGCACGAUUCCUGCGCGCCUGGAACGAAGCCACCAUCAACCUCUCUCCCCAGCCCCACCUCGGUCUCAUCGGCCCUGGCGCUAUGCAGUACUUCCUGAUGGAGUACAGCCGCAUCGAGCCCAUCGCCUUCGGACGCAUCAAGAUCAUCAGAAAGGGCCACUUCUACCCCCACGACGAAGGUCACCUCCCCGCCGGCUGCCCAACACGCCUCGCCUCCGCCCAGCUCGUCCCCGUAAACCACUGCAAGGACGCCUACGCCGGCGUGUUGACCUGGCCCUCGGGCCUCAAGAUCGCUUACUCUGGCGACUGCCGCCCCAGCAAUCACUUCGUUAAGGCCGGCAAGGGCGCCACGCUGCUGAUUCACGAGAGCACUUUCGACAAUGACAAGAAGGGCGACGCGAUUGCCAAGAAGCACAGCACGCUGGGCGAGGCCCUGAAUGUGGCGAGCAACAUGGGCGCGCGCCGCGUGCUGCUCACGCACUUUUCGCAGCGGUACGCCAAGCUGCCGCUUGUCGAGGAUCGCAAGACGGAUGAUGGUGCUGAUCAGGCUGUGUUGAUGGCGUUUGAUCAGAUGAGGGUGAAGUUGGGCGAGUUCCGCCAGGCGCAGGCUUUCUUGCCUGCUAUCAGUCGCUAUGUGGAGUAUGAUGCCAUGAGGCAGGACGGGGAUGGGGAUGAAUAG